CCCCACACUGCAUUUUUCAUUUGCCUUGACCAUGCACACUAUCAUCGCAUCAUCGACACUCAACUGUCGCACGUGGACCCCCAAGUGCGGCGUACACGUUCCGGCUGAGCUCAUUCCUGAAGCCAUGGAGUUCGAACAGAACUGGCUCAAGUUCGGAAUUGUCAAAUCGGCCCUGUACGACGCUCGGAUGGCGUCCUACGAAGCGGAAUGGGGAGGAGCGGUCAACAGUCUACCCAUCAUAGACAGCUCCGCUAUGUCGACCUCUUGCUUCCCACAUGUCGACAACGCUGUCUUUCGUGCGGUGUCGACCAUGGAGGACAUGUCCCACCUCAGUGCUGCCUCGUACGACAACGUCACGUACAUUUCUCCGGUGGACAACCAGCCAUUGUCUAGCUCCCUGGACGACGAAGACGACGACCUCGUCCUCACGCCUCCUAUGAUUUCAACUGCAUUUUCAUCGCAUUUUGCCAUUGCCAACACGGGAUUAAGUUGUGCCAUGGGCAUCCUCUGCGUCUCUCCGAAUGGCGGGCGACCAAAGGCCAAGGCAAAAUCUUCCAAACGUCUCCCAGUUUCUUCUGGACGAACAACGCGAUCAUCCCAUGACACACCCGCACCUUUAGCCAAGAAGAAGUCGUCGGCGCCGUCGAAACGAAAGGCGGUGGACGAACUUCGCCGUCCGUAGACUGGUCCUUAUCCAUUCCGAUCUGUGCUUUUAAUUUAAAUUAUCCUUGUUGUAACGCCACUGUAACUGCCACAACCGCGCCCAUGGCGACCCCAUCCAUGGCCGACCCUUCGUCCGUGGAACCGAGUAAAGCAAAACCAAAGUUGUUCUUUCAACUUUCGCGCGCCCAGCAGCGCAAACUAGGCAAGGCGGCGCCAGUGCUGCGGCAGCUCGAAGGCGAUAACCUCUCGGAUAAGCUGGUCACUUAUCGCAAAACCAUUCGCUUCCAUGUCAAAGCCAGCCAUGACGACGCUGUGCAGAUGGUGCAAGACGUCCAUAGAGGAUUGCAGGAUCCCAAUGCUCGAGAUGAAAACGGGCGGAAUGGGUUGCAUUUUGCUUGCCAUGAGGGCGCAAACGGCGCCGUGUUGGCCUUGAUCAAGGAAGACUGCUCCGUGGACGAGCCGGACAUGGACAUGCGGUGGACGCCGAUCCAUUACGCUGUCAUGGGCAAACGCAAGCACAUCGUGGCCUUGUUGCUCAAGUACGCGCCUACUCCGUACGUGACUGUGAAUCGACGAGAUAAAAUAGGCACAACGCCGUUGAUGCUGGCGGCGGGCGAAGGGUACCCCAGCAUUGUGCGGCUACUCUUGGACAACGGAGCCGACAUUGACGACCGCGAUAACGAAGGCAUGACAGCAUUGCAUUAUGCGGCGUUGACAGAUCAAGUGCGGGCCGCCGAGACAUUGCUCGAGUACAGAUGCAACACCGAGAUCAAGACAAAGUCGUCGAGCGAAACGGCGUUGGAGCUAGCGGAGCGCAUCCACUCACAUCUAGUGUCCAUUGCCCUCUUUGAAUGUUAAAAGGUGUCUUGAUGUUCGAUGCGCACUUAAAGCCUCCGGACGUUUGCCGCGCUUAUCCGGAUAGCGGAUAAAGUACGUACUAAUUUGAGAAUAAAGCGGCCGUGUGAC